AUGAAUCUCUCCGUUCGUUCAUUCGAGUUUCGCAGGGCUGCACUCUCAAGCAACCCGACUCUUAGGAGAGUCCCUCUCGCCACCGCACUCCGUCGCUACGGGCCUGGCACCCUCUACGGGAAAACGGCCCCGUUCAAGACGAACUUGGACGGUAGAGGCGACGACGAGAAAGCGGAACCUCCCGAACACCACAUGUCCCGCGACCUAGGCGACCGCGGGAUUCAAGGCAGACACGAUAUCCGUCAGCGCGACGCCGACGACGACGACGAUGACGUCUACGACGACGACGCCGCGCCUCUUCGGACGUCGAGUCCGCCUACUGGGCAAACGUGUAACGUGAAACUCGUUACAAACGACACGUAUCGUAAGUCACUCGAAACAGAAUUUAUCACGCUCUCCAGUAGAGUAUUAGAGAAGACGCUCGCUCACACACAUACACACACAGGUCCCCCUCCCCAAAGGAAGAGAAAUACACAUGCAUGCGCUGACGACGUUCUUCUACCACAAUCCACAAAGAGUCGCUUUCAAUCUCGAGAACGACACGCGUCUCACGUGUUUCACGUGUACGCGAUGAGCGUGCGUCAACGACGUCGAAAAAUAAAUUUCGUUGUCGCUGAAGACACAAUAUAUUUAAACCGACUCCUCCCCGUAUAUACCACCGAUAAUAAUAACGGUGGUAUGAGGAGGAGGAGGAGAACGGUCAACACCGUUUCGAACACUAUAAUCUAUAUAGUAUUCGAUACGCAGUGUGAUUAUUGUUUUUAUGCAGCCGGCCCUCAGACAGGAGUGGUCCUGGAUGUGUCUCCAUGGACCGCAAUGUGCGUUCGAAAUGUCGAUGUUCAAAUGUGUCCUGCAGUUCACACUAUGACGCGCAGUUAA